GUGGCAGCAGCUGUUUUCAAACACGUGAAGAAGAACGAGAUCCUGUACAACAUGAGCUACAAUCCUGCCUACUGCUGGAUCCUCGUCCUGGCACUGGGCCCCUUCUUCACACAAAGAGUCAGGGACCCACAGCGAGUUCCCAAUACUAUCACCCAACUGUAUUCGUGCUAUAUUUACAACAUCCUGAAAAAUCACGGCCGUGAGAUUGAGAACCCCCGUGAUGUGUUAUUCAGGGUUGGUCAGAUGGCCUUCAGAGGAUUAUCCGAGAAGAAGAUUGUCUUUACAGAUGGAGAUUUGAUCAACUACAACCUGCAGCCUUCCCAGUUCCUGUCCGGGUUCCUGAUGGAGCUUUUAGAGAGAGAGGAUUCCGCUUGGAGCGUGGUGUACACAUUCCCACACCUCACCAUCCAAGAGUUUGUAGCUGCAGUCGCACAAUUCCUGAAUCCACAUCCCGGGGAUAUCCUGAUAUUCCUCACUGAAGCCUACAGCAUUACAGAUGGGCAAUUUGAGGUAUUUCUCCGUUUUCUUGCUGGUCUCUGCGACCCAAUGUCAACUCGGGGCCUGGAGGAGUUUCUGGGUCCAUUUCUUCAUGAAACAUCCUGCCGGGUGAUUGACUGGGUGAAGGAGGAGGUUAAGCACCGGACUGCAAACACUGGGACUGAAGCUCGUAAAAGGAGCCUCCUGAACACAUUGCACUACCUGUUUGAGUCUCAGAAUCGUGGGCUGGCUCAGGAAACACUGGGAUCUGUGGAAACACUUUCAUUCAGUGGAAUGACACUGACCCCGAUUGACUGUGCGGUCCUGUCUCAUGCCAUCGGAUUCUGUGAUACAAUAAAACACCUCGAUCUGACGGGCUGCCACAUUCAGUGUGAAGGAAUCCAGCAGCUGGGACCCGGGCUGCACAAGUGCCAGAAGCUGAGACUCUGUUAUAAUAAAUUGGGAGAUUCAGGAGUGAAACUGGUGUCUGAGUCUCUGAGGAACCCGGAGUGUAAAAUACAGAAACUGUGGCUGUGGGAAGUCGGUCUCACAGAUUCUGGUGCCGAGGAUCUCGUCUCCGCUCUCAGUACAAACCCAUCACUGACAGAGCUGGACUUGAGUCAUAAUGAACUGGGAGAUUCAGGAGUGAAACAGGUGUCUGCGGCUCUGAGGAACCCGGUGUGUAAAAUACAGACACUGCGGCUGUGGUGUGUCGGUCUCACAGAUUCUGGUGCCGAGGAUCUCGUCUCCGCUCUCAGAACAAACCCAUCCCUGACGGAGCUGGACCUGGUAUUCAACUCGCUGACAGACCGAUCUGUCCCCGCUCUGCGCCGCCUCAUACUGACCCUCCCGAGACUGGAGCGGAUCUGGCUGGGGGAGAAUCGGUUCAGUCGGACCGGGGAGACGGAACUGAGAUCUCUGCAGGAACCCAGACCGGGACUGAGAGUGGACUGUGAACAUCCGCGCCCGCGGGAUGGGGACAUUUUGGCCGAUUCCCCGCACUCCCCUUUAAUUCCCCCUCCCCUUUAACUCCCGCCUUUACCUGUAAUGGCCUGGCGCCGGGGUUAAUUCCCAACGGUUUUAAUGGAACCGAUUCCAGUCUCCAGCUCAGUGACAUCGGAAGCCAUCCCGUAUUUCCGCCUGCUGUUCGGCGGCGCAGCUUCCGCCGGAUGUGCGGGUUCGAGACUCCCCCACGUGAGACCCGGCGGAAUUACACAGACAGGAAGAGCCCGUGAUCCGGGGCUCAGUCCGGGACACCGGUGUCCCGGGGUGGGAUUAUCCCGGGAGAGAAUCCCUUUACUCCCUUUGCUGAGGACGGUGUAUUCACAGUCUGGCAGAUAUAAUGAUGUUAAAUUGACAAAUACCUCGGCAGUGACCCUGGAUCUGCAGCGAUCUCGAAAUCGGCCCGAAAGUGUGAUUUUAUUAUCAUCGGUUCCCCGAUGCAGAGUGACGGUGAAAGACGUAUCUGAAUAUUUAACCUGUCACUCCUUGUCU